GCUCCUUGUGCUGCCCGCCUUCAAAGAGGGAGCCACGAGCACAGGGAGAGCCCAUCCCUGCCUGAGCUCCAGGGCUUCUCCUGCCUGACUGUGCCCUCGGCUCUUCAACACAGAAAGCAGCAAAGUUGGCUGCCAACUUGGUUUGCCCUGCCUGGACUGUUCCACUUGGCAGCAGCAGAUUGCUCUAGCAUAAGAAGCAUUCGCUUCCAGCCAAGAGGAAGGAGAACGGUGAGCAAACUGCAAACAAAAAGAUGGCUUUCUGAACCGGCUGCCUUCCCACCUUCACCACUCCCUAGCGGGCAGUGCCCCGGUGCCCAGGCUGGGCCGAUCUGCUCGGCCAUCCCCUAACAAUUUCCCUCCUGCUCGACCCAGGCCAGGGAUGGCAAUCUGACAUCCCAUCCGGUUCCUCGCUCUCUGUUGCCUCGGUGCCACCUGCCUCGGAGUCAGGAGCUGGCCCACCCAGGGAGCCAGGCAGCCAUGGAAAACACCACCGAGACCCAGUUUCCAAAGACUUUGGAACCCGGCAUCGCCCUGCCCCUGGACUCACAGGAGACAGAGAAACUCCUCACCAAGCUCGAGGACAAGGAUGACAAGUCUCUGAAGGCAUCCAAGUCCUUCUCGGGGGCCAUGGAGAUGGAGCAGAAUGGUCACAGUCUCCCCUACAAGUCAGUGUCCGAGGGGCACCUGGAGGCCGCCCCUCAUUCUUCUUCCAGGGUCAGCUCCCGGAGGGCAUCCUCCAUCGCCACCACCUCCAAUGCCCAAGACCAGGAGAUGCCAAAGGAUUACCUCAUCUUGGCCAUCCUCACCUGCUUUUGCCCGGUGUGGCCCCUGAAUAUAGUGCCCCUGAUCUUUUCUAUCAUGUCGAGAGGCAGUGUACAGCAGGGAGACCUAGAUGGGGCCAGGAGGCUGGGCCGCCUGGCAAGACUGCUCAGCAUCGUCUGCGUUGUGCUGGGAAUACUCAUCAUCGUCAUCUAUGUGUCUGUCAACUUCACAGUCUUUAAGAAGAAUUAGCCCAGGAAUUUCUGGACAGAGGCAGGCACAGUAUUAGGUGCCUCCUUGACUGGAUUCCCCAGUAAGCUGAGGAGGCCCCCGACCACUCAACUUCUGCAUCAUCCAUCUUGGGGAGGGCAUGCAGUUAUUCCCCAAGUCCUUGAGUGGUGAUGCUACACCCCCUCAACUACUCACUCAACCUCGGACUGAGAAAAGGGCUUGGAUUUCAAGGAGAAACAACAACAAUAAUUUGCAGUGAUUAUUUUAACCUGGACCCACUGGGAAAGGACAAGAAGUAACCAAAAAAUAUGGGGAAAGGAGAUUUAUUUUCAAAACUGAAAAACAAAGGGAAAUAUCUGGUGGAAAUUUUCUGACUUUUUUUUUGCCCAAAUCAUUGGGUUUUUGUUUGUUUGCCUUUUAAUCAGCCAAUAAUGUAAUUCAACCAACAAGCUGAAACUGCCAGACAAAGAAGAAAUAUGCUUCCAAAGUCAGGAAGGUGAGAAAAGUGAAGGCUCGGUGAAGCAUUACAAGGCUCUUCUGGAUGUGAACACAGACCUGAAUGUGGUCAUGAGAAGCAGGGGAGACAAGGAGAGGGACUUUGUUUUUUGUAUUUUUGAUGAAAAAAAAAAAAGACCAUUUGCAUGCAUUAUUCUACCACCUCUUCCCUCCCCACCCCCACUCCUUUGUCCUUUCGUUCCUCUGAACUCAACACCACAGAGCUCAGAGACAACUGGUGAGAAUGGGGCUGACACAGGCGGAGCAGACUCCCAGGGCAGCCAGAAAAUCCUAUGGCAGCCAAUUUGGACAGGGAGGGAAACUAUCAUAUGAGACCAAUGCCGAUUUCUCCAUCCCCCAAACCAAGGGUGCUGUGUGAAGGAUCGAACACUGGAGAACCAAGUAGCUUUGAAAUUCAGUUCCAGACACUAUUGGGUUUGGAAAACAUUCCAUUUUAGAUGGGCUUGAAGCCGAUUUAAACUUGAGAAGGGAGGCUGUGAUAGUGACCCAGAGAAUGUGUGAGGACCUCAUCCAUCCAUCCCAAUACCUCCCCAUUCUCCUGUAUUUCCUGGAAAGCACCGAUCUGUUCCAGGUAGUCCAAGAAACUAUCUCCUCCCCGUCUCCAAAAAAAAGGAGAAAGGUAGAGAAAUGAUGGAUGACAUUUCUUUUUGGGCCUGUUGAUGGAUUUCCUUUAGGUUUACCCUAAUUUCUUCUUAGCAGUGGGAAAGUGCUUAAUCAAUCAGGAACGAUGCUAAUGGUUGGGAAUACAAAUGACCAAAAGAAAUAUUUUCCCCCUCAAGGAGCUUAUAUUCCAUUGAAAAGAAAGAACAUAGAGAUACAUAAAUAAAUGCAAAAUUCAGGGACAGGGAAAUGAACUAGACAUUUGAAGUAGGAAGCUUCUGGUGAGGAAUAUUCCCACUACCAGGGCAGGUUAACAAUAAGCAAAUGAUUGCAAGAACAAUUUGCAUUCUUCAUUUUAGUGGGUUACUCUAUUCUCUCUAUUGUCUUUUUGUCUGAAGCUUGGCCAAUCCCCAGGCUCCUCGGGAACAGCUAUUUAUAAUUUGUAAGAGAAAAAAGGUCCUUAUCAUCUUAGAUAGUUGAGGGAUCUCAACUGUGUGAUCUCUUCUGUAUAAAACAAGGUAUAGAGAGACUGGAUCAUCAUUUUCAAGAGUUUUCAAGAGCUCAUCGAUGCUCAUCAAUGAAUUCUUCAUACCCAGGGAAGUUCAAAAAAGCAGGUAUGGGCUUAUAACCAGCCCAUUAAAAGAAGACAUUGCAUUUUCACAGAGUGUGGAAUGAACUAAAGUGAACCAGGACUGGUAAACCUCCAAGACUGUUAGUCCCAACAUCUGGGGGCAUUCCCAGGAAAGGGAGAAGCCAUUUAGCAAUCCCUCCCACCAAAAUCAAUAUAUAUGUCCCUCCCUUCCAUAUCCUAUUGACCAUAAACUUUCAGGAGACCAAAAGCAAGCCAUCAAUAGGAGGGUGGUGAGUCUGUGAGUUCCCACUUUUAGGUUUAUUUGCAUUCUGUGAAGGAAGGAAAGACUUUGUUUCUAGCUGAAGGACUCUCAGACAUGUCAGAGCAGGUAAGAAGGGAAAGAAGGAAGGAGCAGAUUGAGUUUGAUAGAAAGGCAACAAGAGCUCUGAUCUUGGCCAGCAGAGAAUUUGUUAGGAGGAAGCAGUGUGGGGCGAUAAAAAACCCAGAGGAUUUGGAGCCAGAAAUCCCUAGUUUCAGAUACUCAUCACCUGUGGGAUUCUGGGCAAAUCCCUCCCCUCUCUGGGCCUAAGGAAGUUUGACUUAAUGACCUCUGAGGUCCCUUCUGGAUCUGAAUCUCUAGUCCUGUGAUCAAAUGGCCUUUCGGGUUCCUUUAACUUUAAAUCCUGUGAUUGUUUAGAAUAA